UCAGUCUCCUCCACUGCCUCCUCCCCUUCUGCGUCGUUUUUACUGACUUCUUGCUCUGCACCACAUCUGACAAGCAUGUGCUGCAGAAAGUUUCCUCUCCCCUGUGCCCCUUUAGGAAGCCCCGCAAAAAAUUAGCUUGACUGAGAAGUACUUCAGACAGAGCGAGAGAACGGGCUAGAGACACACACACAGAGGCACAGGAGAGCGAAAGGGAGUGCAGAAAAAGAUGAGAGAUCAUGAGGUGCAGCAGAAAUGCAGUGAUGUGGUAAAUACUGAAGAAAUUUGAGUGUGCUUAAGAGAGAAAGCAGGAGAAAGAAAAAGGGGGGAGUUAGAAAGAGGUAGAAAAAAAGUGAAGCGACGAAAGAACGGGGGUACAGCCAACUGGCAUAGUUUAAGAAAUUCGGCUCGGCUCUAAAAGUCUCAGGCUGCCCAGACUUAAAACCACAUGGACUAAGGUCCUCUCUGCUCUCUCUACAACUGCAAUAUGAAGGGUCUGUAAAAGUAGGAGAGUUGGAUUCAGGGAGAUCGAACCAUUGUUUUGUCUUACUGUGGAUUUUGGUAUCUGUUCAUCCUCCUUGAUGCUUUAUAGCACUGGCUGAAUUCUGUUAGUAUCUAACAUUAAAAGCCAGACCUACAGUACAAUGGGCCUGCAGAAUGGAGUAUGACAUUGAUUUCUACAAACAUUUUGCCUGGCUUAGGAAGGUUAACCUCCAUUCAUCUGGCAACAGUGAGUCCUAUCAGGAGAGGUUAUCACGUCUGGAAGGAGACAAAGAGUCACUAAUUCUGCAGGUGAGUGUGCUAACAGACCAAGUGGAGGCUCAGGGGGCCAAGAUCAGUGAUCUACAGAGUUCUCUGGUGGAGCAUCAGCAGAAACUCGACUCCACAGAGGAGAUGCUACAGCAGGAGCUCCUGCAUAGGACGUCACUGGAGAACCAGAAGCUGAGUCUCAGGGGUGAGGUGUCUUACCUGAAACUAAAGCUCACAGACAUGGAGGGAAAGCAGGCCCAUGGGGCUGAAAGGCAACACAAAGCAGAGACUGUAGUGAAUUUCAUUAGUGAGCUGCAGGAGCAGAUGUGUAGGUUUCAAAAGGAGAUCAAUAGCAAGAUCCAGGAGAAAAAGGCCUUGGAGAUCCCAGCUGACAGCUCUCCAGUUGUGUGCCCUGCUGAGUCCAUCGAGGGCCAGGGCUCAAACCCUGGACCAUCCGGUGACAGAACCUCAGGGGUGAUGUACAAACUAGAAGAGACUCCAGAUGGGAACACAAACAUCCUGGAAGAGGGUAGCUCAGAUGCAGAGCAGCAGUACCACUGUGGAGGAGAAAGCGGCUUAAUUAAGGAGCUCAAGAUUCUCAAGGACAAAGUAGAGCACCUGGAGGACCAGAAGUUACAGUACGAGAAGAAACUCAAAGCAACGAAGGCAGAGAUCAACAGCCUUCAGCAGCUUCUGCUGUGUAAGAACGCUGAGAUCGAGAGCUUGCACACUCAGCUGCUGGCCAGACCCUCUCUAUCCCCAGAGAGCUCAGAGAGAGAUCAGGAACUGCAGAAGCUUAGGAGUGGAAUGAAAUCACUGGCAGCUGCCAAUGAUGAAAAGGACCGUCGUAUUGAAGAGCUCACUCUGCUCCUGAAUCAGUGCAGGCAAUUCAGAGAGGUCACUCAUGCCACAAGGCAAGCUCCACCUGCUGUUCGUUCAUUAUCAAAUGGUAGGACUCCAUCAAGCAGCAGUGAGGAAGAAGAGCAUAGCCUCACGAAGAACACUGAUUCUGCUAGUGCAAAAUCAGAGGAUGUAAAGUCUGAAACAUCACAGGUUUCCACAACCAGUUCUUCCUCCAAUCAAACAUCUCUUUCAUCAGUCCAGAAGGACAGUGAUUCCAGAACAGAACCACAGACAUUAUCAAGUAGCAUGAAUGACUUAACAAAUGGACCUUCACAAAAGAGCGGUCUGGGUGACACCAGAAGUCAGACACUGCCUGUGAAUUCGUCUCUGUCAGAGCAGAAUGGUAUCGAAGACAACAGCAGUGAAAUUCAGAGUCAACGGUCUCCAGAUGGGAGCGAAGAUGGUGACUCCAGCCAAAGAAAGUUGGACAAAGUUGAUGACAGCACUUCAAGCGAUAAUUCCCCGUCUCAUUCUGGAGCAAAUACACAGGCUGGCCAGCGAGCUGUGGGAUCACCCGAGUACAUGAAGAAUAACAGGAGCUUCAAGAGACUCUGGGGAAAACUUCGAAGAACUCAGUCUGGAGGGCUCCAGGCAGCAGAUCCAGAUGCCGGUCAGUUUAGAAGAGGAGGCCUGCGUGCAACUGCAGGACCCAGACUGACCCGGACCCCUGAAUCUUAUGACUCUGCACGUGAUAUGAAUAUUCCAUUUAGCCAGUGGACCAAAGAGCAGGUGUGUGGCUGGCUAGACGACUAUGGACUGGGCCAGUAUGUCAAUCUCACAAGACAGUGGGUUGAAAAUGGACAGACACUGCUAUCUGCCACACCUCAGGAUUUUGAGAAGGAGAUGGGAAUGAAGAAUCCACUGCAUAGGAAGAAGCUGCAGCUCGCUCUGAAUGCGUUCACCACUAAAGUUAUAGAGAAAUCAGCUGAGCUGGACUACAUCUGGGUCACACGGUGGUUGGAUGAUAUUGGUUUGCCUCAGUAUAAAGACCAAUUCCAUGAAGCUCGAGUAGACGGUCGAAUGAUACAAUACCUCACAGUGAAUGACCUCUUGACUCUAAAGGUCACCAGCCAGCUUCAUCAUCUCAGUAUUAAAUGUGCCAUCCAUGUUCUUCACGCCAACAAGUUCAACCCCAACUGUCUUCGACGUAGACCAGGGGAAGAGCGUCACCCAUCUCCCUCAGAGGUGGUGCAGUGGUCUAACCAUCGUGUAAUGGAGUGGCUAAGAGCAGUGGAUCUGGCUGAAUAUGCUCCUAAUCUACGGGGUAGUGGUGUUCAUGGUGGGCUAAUUAUCCUGGAGCCUCGCUUCAGCUCAGAGACUUUGGCCCUGCUGUUAAAUAUUCCUCCACAGAAGACUUUGCUCCGUCGCCACCUCGCCACUGCCUUCUCUGCCCUGGUGGGGGCUCAGGCCACGCAGGAGAAGCGAGAGUAUGGCAAUGCCACAGGCCAUGUGCCCCUCACUACCACUGCUAAAGUAAAGCCAAAGAAGCUGGGCUUCACCCAAUUCAGUCACCUCAGAAAGAGAAAACCUGAUGAAUCUGCGGACUAUAUCUGCCCAAUAGACAGUGGAACGCUGACAGUGAAUGGGGUUUCUCGGUUGCCCUCUGCAGCACUUAGAGGCCUUAGCACCAGCUUGGACAGACAGACUGAGAGGCGGGAGCAGGUGGGGAUAAAGGCUAAUGGCCAAAAACAAUAAUUUAAGGAAUAUAGUAGGAAACUACACCCUCUCCACCAUGCUCUCACUCACUAAGUGACUUUGUGAAUCAGUGGAAAUUCUACUGCAGAAAUAAACCUAAGAUGAAUCCAUGUGCUGAUUUGCUGGAUGGGCUGCAAAGAUGCUGUGUUUAGCAGGCAAUGCUGUUCAUGUAUUUUCACUGAGGUGUGGCUUAAACAAAGUUCAUCUAAAAUAGUGAUGAAUGGUGUCAUUGUGUGAAUUGUUUUAUGAAAGCUGCUCUCUGCAUUCCUUAAACAGUAUACUUUUGCUUUAAAACAAUGCAUUUUACUGACCAUUUUGUAUCUAAACUUUAAUUAGAGUUGUGGUGACCUUUUCUUGUUAUGUAUGUGGUUUGACUGUACAGUAUAAUAAUUAACAACAGCUACUUUAAGAAUGUUUCUCAUUGUAUGACUGAAAUUAAUCUAAAAUUAAAUCAUUUUAAUUCUCGACAGUACACUUACUCUUCUGCACCUUCAAAUGAGGCUUAUUGGUAUACCUUAGGAUUCUCCCACCCAAAUGUUGCCUUGUUUCAUGAGAUCAUUGUGAAUAUGUAAUAUUAUAAUAAACAUGAG